AUGAAGGGAGAAACUCGAAGAUAUAAUGGUGAGGAGGCCAGCAAAGAAGAAAUUACUUUGGUCAAUGGCAGCGAUGAUGACACUCUCUCUCCUCCAGUCCUGGAAGCAGUGGAGAACCUGGAGAGCAAAGGUCGUAGGGUAAGCCGACGGGGAGUGUCGAAAAGGGAACUCUCUCAUAUGAUCACCUUCGAUGAGGACUUGACUGAUGACUCAGAGGUAACAGAAAUCCCUGUGAUGCCAAAGCUGUACAGAGAAACCAAGAUUCAACCCGAAAGUUCAAAUGUCCAGUCCCGAAGUGAGGAUAGUACCACUGAGUGGGGAAGACGUAGACCGCCCCCACGCCUGGCCUCACGGGCUGAGCACAGCAAGCCCAGCAAGAAAGAAACUGAAGAUAUCAGUUCUGACUUCAAAGAGACCCCCGUGACCAGGAGCAAUAGGCGUCAACAAUCCACUGGCACCCUGCCCACUGGUAUCCAGUCUUCCCUGAACUCUUCUUGCCUCACCAUUGAUCUCACUGAUGAUCUUGGGAACAAUAGGACCAAUACGACCACCAGGCGCAGUGCUCGAGAAAGACGCUGUCAUUCUCUGGGUUCCCAAAUUGUGCUUUCAGAGAACCAUGAUCACAUGGAAUACCAGGAUGGAAAAGAGUAUCACAUUGGUGACCUUGUCUGGGGGAAGAUUAAAGGUUUUUCCUGGUGGCCGGCUAUUGUGGUUUCCUGGAAAUCUAACACAAAGCGCCAAACUAUCCCUGGCAUGAGAUGGGUACAGUGGUUUGGUGAUGGCAAAUACUCUGAGGUCCCCUCAGACAAGUUAGUGAGCCUUGCAUCAUUUAGCCAACACUUUAAUUUACCUACGUUUAACAAGAUGGUAUCUUACAGGAAGGCUUUAUACCAAGCCCUGGAGAUGGCCAAGAGCAGGGCUGGUAAGACUUUUCCAGUCAUUCCUGGUGCCUCAUGGGAUGAAAAACUCAAGCCCUUGUUAGAUUGGGCUCAUGCAGGCUUCCAGCCAAUGGGAGAAGAGGGACUCAAACCCAAAAAGAAGUCAGAAGGACGUUUCGUUCCAGAGCCCAAACAGAGAAGAAAGACUCCAGAGGAAGUCACUGUCCAAGAGAGUGUACCUCCUCCUCCUAAACGCCUGAGGACCAGCUGCUUGAACAACAACAAAGAGCGGGUAGAGGAAGAGCAAAGCAGAGAAAAAAUGGUUUCUGACAUCAGGAACAACAAAAGCAACCCUGAUGAUAACUGCAUAGCCUGUGGAAGAAAAAACCCUCUCUCCUUUCACCCUCUCUUUGAGGGGGGCCUCUGUCAUACAUGUAAAGAUAGAUUUCUAGAGUUGUUCUAUAUGUACGAUGAUGAUGGAUAUCAAUCGUACUGCACCGUGUGCUGUGAGGGACGGGAGCUCCUGCUGUGUAGCAACUCUAGCUGUUGCCGGUGUUUUUGUGUCGAAUGCCUGGAUGUGCUGGUUGGGUCAGGAACAUCAGCCAGUGCCAAAGCACAAGAGCCUUGGAGCUGUUACAUGUGCCAGCCUCAGCGGUGCUAUGGGGUCUUACAACGUCGAAAGGAUUGGAACAUUCGCCUUCAGGAAUUUUUUACCAACGACAAAGCUCAGGAAUAUGCAGUUCCAAAACUGUAUCCAGCAGUCCCUGCAUCAAGGAGACGACCAAUCAGAGUCCUGUCCCUUUUUGAUGGUAUAGCUACAGGCUACUUAGUGCUAAAAGAUUUGGGUAUUAAGGUAGACAAGUACAUUGCUUCAGAGAUCUGUGAAGAUUCCAUUGCUGUUGGGACAGUCAAGCAUGGAGGGAUCAUCAAAUAUGUUCAUGAUGUCAGGAACAUCACAAAGCGCCAGAUUGAUGAAUGGGGACCAUUCGAUUUGCUUAUUGGUGGAAGUCCAUGCAAUGAUCUUUCAAAUGUGAAUCCUGCCAGGAAAGGCCUUUAUGAGGGCACAGGAAGGCUCUUCUUUGAAUUCUACCAUUUACUCAAUUAUACCCGUCCUAAAGAGGGAGAUGAGCGCCCCUUCUUCUGGAUGUUUGAGAAUGUUGUGGCCAUGAGGGUCAAUGACAAGAGGGACAUCUCAAGAUUUUUGGAGUGUAACCCAGUAAUGAUUGAUGCCAUCAAAGUCUCAGCUGCGCACCGAGCCCGCUAUUACUGGGGCAACCUGCCUGGGAUGAACAGGCCGGUGAUAGCAUCAAAGACCGAUAAACUCGAGCUUCAGGACUGCCUGGAGUACAAUAGGAUAGCGAAGUUAAAGAAAGUACAGACAAUAACAACUAAGUCGAACUCGAUCAAACAGGGGAAAAAUCAGCAAUUCCCUGUUAUCAUGAAUGGCAAAGAAGAUAUAUUAUGGUGCACAGAGCUAGAAAGAAUUUUUGGCUUUCCUGUCCAUUACACCGACGUGUCAAACAUGGGUCGAGGUGCUCGCCAGAAGUUGCUGGGCAGAUCCUGGAGCGUCCCUGUUAUCCGGCAUCUUUUUGCCCCACUGAAGGACUACUUUGCCUGUGAAUAACACAUGGGCUGGAACUGACAGGUGGAAGGGGAUUUUGGCCAUUGGAGGAGGGUGCCAUUGGGGAAGAACCAUUACCAGGGAUGGCAGAACUUCUGGGUUCUUCUCCCCCUCUCAACUUCCCCUCCCAAGUUCUAGUCUCUGCUAUUCUUCAAUUUUGUUGCUGUGAUGAAUAAGGUCAGACUAAGACCUAAACCAUCAGUCAUUACACGUACCUCAGACUUUUCCCCAUUUGCUCAGUGGGACUCUUGUUUUUGAGGCACACUCCUUC